GAGAUGAAGCCUCCCCCUCCGAUAUUCUGAACUUGCAGAGUUCAUCAUAUUCUCCGAUAACUUUCUCUCUCUCUCUAUACUUCGAUCCGAGCGAACACUAUGUUCAGAUUUCGCUCUCUGUUGUUUAUGUUCUUGAUUUCGAUCUCAUCGCUUGUUCGGGAAUCCACUUGUUCGUAUGCUGGUUCGGCGAGCUCCACCGUAGAUCCUAGUAAAGUGAAGCAGAUUUCAAGGAAACCGAGAGCUUUUGUAUAUGAAGGCUUUCUCACGGACCUGGAAUGUGAUCACCUGGUUUCUCUAGCAAGAUCCGAGCUAAAGAGAUCUGAGGUUGCUGAUGAUAAGUCUGGAGAGAGCGUGCUAAGUACAGUUCGAACGAGCUCAGGAAUGUUCAUUUCGAAUCGUGAGGAUCCCAUUGUUGCUGGCAUAGAGGACAAGAUUGCUGCGUGGACUUUUCUUCCAAAAGAAAAUGGGGAGGACAUUCAAGUAUUGAGAUAUGAACAUGGGCAGAGAUACGAGUCACAUUAUGAUUACUUUGUUGACAAGGUGAAUCUUGCUCGGGGAGGACAUCGUUUAGCUACUGUCCUCAUGUAUCUCUCUGACGUGACCAAAGGCGGCGAAACGGUUUUCCCCUUGGCAGAGAAAUCUCGCCACCGACAGGCUUUGGAAACAGAUGAGGAUCUCUCAGAGUGUGCAAAGAAAGGAAUUGCUGUGAAACCAAGGAAAGGUGAUGCCCUUCUUUUCUUUAGUCUUGAUCCAAAUGCUAUCCCAGACACCAACAGUCUGCAUGGAGGUUGCCCUGUCAUUGAAGGAGAAAAAUGGUCAGCAACAAAGUGGAUUCACGUAGACUCAUUCAGCAAGAACUUGACAGACAUUGGGAACUGUACUGACCAGAAUGAAAAUUGUGAGAGAUGGGCUGCCUUAGGGGAAUGCACCAAAAACCCAGAGUACAUGGUUGGAUCUCCGGAACUUCCUGGCUACUGUAGGAGGAGUUGCAGGAUCUGUUGAUCUCUACAAUCUGCUCCUUCCACGCAAGAUUUCGGUAGCUUCAGGCGGUAAUUUCUUGUUUUUCGUGGAUAGUUCAUAGUAAUUGUAUUAUCUUUAAAAUGGUCGGCUUUAUUUGGCAUUUUCUUUCCUUUUGAGUGCUAAUUUCCUUCCUGUCCCCUUGCCCUAAUGAAAGCCUUGUUUCUUCUCAAAAGAAAUAUUUAGGAAUUAUUGCUUGAUAAAGUUUUGUCACGCAUGAAAUUCUUUACCUUUUUGUUGUUGGGCAUGGCAGUUGUAGAGUCAUAGAGUUGUAGAAUAAUAAUAUUUAUAGUUACCUACAGUUAUUUAUUCUAUUUUCUCUGUUUUCUGUA